GUUACCAAUGGAAAAAUAAAAAAUACUAUUUUUUGUUUUUGUAGUUAACGAUGUUAACAAUUACGUUAAUCUAAUAUGCAGAUAAAGAUUUUGUUUGAAGAAAAAUAUAAACAAUGAAAGAAGAUAAAGUUGAUGAUGAAGUGUCUCCAUCUAAACAAACUAAAAUUGAUUCUUUCAAAGAUGCAUUUAGAGAAUUAACGAAGUCGGAAUUUUUCAAUGAACCAGUACCUGGACCCUCCAAAGCCACGGAUUCCUCAAAAUUUAAUACACUAUUAGUCAAUUUGAAGCAAAAAGGAAAUCCACUAUUAAAAUUUGUAACUAACGUCCCUUGGGAAUAUUCUGAAAUUGUGCCAGAUUAUGUUAUGGGAAAGACUACUUGCGCCCUUUUUUUAUCUAUACGUUAUCAUCAACUUAAUCCUGACUACAUCCAUGAACGUUUGAAGGCAUUAGGACACAUGUAUAACUUGAGGGUGCUUUUAGUACAGGUAGAUGUGCCAGAGCCUCAUCAUGCUCUGAAGCAUUUGACAAGAAUUUGCAUUCUUGCUGAUUUAACAUUAAUGUUGGCAUGGAGCGCAGAAGAUGCAGGCAAAAUUAUUGAAACAUACAAGAUUUAUGAAAAUAAAUCGCCUGAUGCAAUUAUGGAGCGCAGUGAUACAGCACCAUAUCAAAAGUUAAUGAAUGCCUUGACAACAAUUCGAUCAGUUAAUAAAACAGAUGCCACAACUCUUUUAUCCACCUUUGGUACAUUAAGUGAAUUAAUACAAGCGCAGCCGAAUACACUAGCUCUUUGUCCUGGUAUUGGGAUACAAAAAGCAGAAAGAAUCCAUAAAACGUUGCACGAACAAUUUUUGUGUCCUUCAAAAUCUGUAAAAUAAGAAGGAUAAAUAAGAUGCGAUUUUAUACA